UUUCUAAUGACUAAAUUGUUUGAACAAACAAAAUUGAAGUAUUCUGUUGUAGGUCUUUGUAUAGAAAUCCACUACAGUUGAAUUUAACGAAAUAUGGCUGGAAAUUUAGGAUUUAAUGUUGGAUCAUGUGGUUCACAGUUACAUCCAACUGUAAUGCCUGCAUCGAAUUUCAAUCCAGAAAAUGAUUGUGAACGCUUAAGAAAUGCUAUGGCAGGAUUAGGGACAAAAGAAAAAGAAUUAAUUGAAGUAUUUAGUAAUCGUUCUGCAGAUCAACGUGCAGUUCUUGUAAAAAAAUAUAAAUCAAUGUUUGGAAAAGAUUUAAUUGAAAAUUUUAAAUCUGAACUUAGUGGACACUUUUAUGAUACUAUGGAAGCAUUGUGUUUAAGUUCAUAUGAAUUCGAUGCCCGUGAAUUAUACAGAGCAAUGAAAGGAGCUGGUACAAAUGAAUCUAUAUUGAUUGAGAUUUUAUGUACUCGAACAAAUUAUCAAUUGAAGAAGAUAAAAGAAGCUUAUAAACUAUUCACUGGACAUAAUCUUGAAAAUGAUGUAAGUGGUGAUACAUCUGGAGAUUUUAAACAUCUAUGUAUUGCAUUAUUACAAGCAAACAGAGAUGAAUCCAUACAUGUUGAUCAACAACUUGCACGUAAAGAUGCUGAAGCCUUGUAUCAAGCAGGUGAAAAAAAAUGGGGAACUAAUGAGUCAAAAUUUAUUCAAGUUUUUGCUACACGAUCUCCUGAACAUUUAAAAGCCGUAUGUCGAGAAUACAGUAAUUUUAGUAAGAAAACUUUGGAAGAAGCUUUGAAAUCUGAAAUUUCAGGAAGUUUACUACAGUGUCUUUUGACCAUUCGUAUGUCACUGUUUUAUUCAUUUUGUUAAUCAUAUAAUUAAAGUCACAAUAAUAAUACGUUUAACAUGUCGUUUUGAGCCUACAAUUUACAGUCAGUUAUCACUAAGAUAUGUUUGAUUCACUUUUACAAAUUAUAUCUGUCAAAGAUAAUAUAACAUCGUUUUCAUCACAAACUUAACUUAGUUGAACAAUCAUUGAAAUCCAGGUAGCACUGGAUUUUGUCCCUUUUUUCAUCAUAGGUCCGUACUGUAGAAGAGUGUAAUACUAGAAUGUAAUAGUUGUCUAAUGCUUCCUGGUUUUGAGUAGUUAUCAUUUCAUAAUUUAAACUAUAAAAAUUAACAAAUACUAAGUAAGGAGAUGUUAUAGAUGUGAACAUUUUAACUUGUUUCUCGUCUAGUACUUCUAUUUAUGUAAAGUUACUGAUGAGCAAAGUUUUAUUUCGAAUAAAAGAUAAAAUUUUCAGAUCAGAAUUACAACGUCAGUUGUUUAGCUGUGAUACUUUAUCAUCAACAAAACUAAUACAUAUUUACCUGAAAUAUCUCUUAUUCUAGAGUAUGUAUUUGUAACAGGUAAUAUAAUCAUAUAUCUGACACGUUUUAUAUCAAUUAAUCAUAGAUAAUAAGGGUUAUCACUUAAAACAUCAAACUAUUCAUUGUUUACUAAUCUAUUUCUUGUUUGGAAAUGUGUUGUUAUGGGAAUCUGUUAAAUAAUUGAUCAGAAAAAAAAUAAUAUAGCUCAGUGACUUGAGGACUCUUAGAUUUAGGCCUCAACUAAAAUGUUAAUGCUGAAAUUUGAGAAAUAAGAUUAAAUAUACUUUCUGAUUACUCUACCAAUUAUUAAGAUGUACAUAAGGAAGAUAUUAGUAUAUCUGAUAUUAAGAUAUUCAAUUACAAUGGAGAUUGGAGAGUUGGAUUAAACUCAAUAAUUGUACAUUGGUCAGGAUCGCGUUAUAUAUACUAGUUUUUACAAUUGUCAGUUUCUUAUAUUUGGUGAGGUCUAGAUUUAUGGAGAUUGUGGUAUUUUCACAGUUGAAUUUACGAGUCAAUCCAAUGCUACCACGUUUGCAGUGGUGGUUUAGUUUAGAUUGACUCGUGAAUUCAACUGUUAUAAUACUACAUUCUUCAUAAAUCUCUAUCCUGAUAUUAUUCAUAUGUUCACUAGUGACUAGCUUCGAGAUGGAUUCCAUGGAGUUCAAUCCGUGUUGGGUGGAUACACGGAUUACGCAAUCUAUCUAGGUUAUACACUAAAGCCGUUGGAUCCCGGUCCAGUGGUCUAGAGGUUGGGCGUUCGCGCGAGAAGUUGAAAGUACUGGGUUUGAGACUUGCAUAUUGGAUUGUAAAUGCACACUGCUGAGGAGUCCUAUACUAGGAAAAAACAGUUAUCCAAUCAUGGUUUAGCUUAGAUUAACUCGUAAACUCAACUAUUAAGAUCCAGAUUUUUAGACCGAUAGUCAUUUUACCAGAUGUUCAAAUUCAGAGGAUAAAAUAUAGAAUGAACGAACAAUAUGGUGGGGCAAACUUUUUUAAUGAUUGAAGAAUGGGUAACAUGUAAAAUUGAUUUCCUCUAAUUGUUUAUGACAUUUGGUUAAAAACAUGGUCAAUAAAUUAGUUACAUUUUUGUGACCAUAACAGCUUAAUUUUAUGAUAUCGUAAAUCAUAUUCAUACAUUUCAUUAUUGAUUCAUUCAUACAUGGUGCUACCAGAUUUAAUUUAUUUGAUAAAUAUAAAUGAAUCAUAUUGAAAUCUAUAUGUUUAAAUAUCAUUUUGGUGUAAUUUUUGUGCUGAAUAACUUUUUAUUUCACUGGUUGAAAUCAUGAGUUAAUUGAAGCUAGACAACUAUGGAAAACCUGGAAGCACUGGACGACCGUUUCGUUCAAGUAUGGGACUCCUCAGCAGUGCGAAUCCACGAUCUUGCGCCCCGCAAGAUUCGAGUACCAAAUCAGGACGAAACGGCCGUCCAGUACUUCCAGGUUUUCUAUGGUAGUCUAGCUUCAAUUAACUCAUGAUUUCAAUCAGUGAAAUUUCUAAAAUCUCCACAAAACCCCUUCUGAUAAAAUUUUUAUUUAUCAAUUUCAUCUUUCUUUUCGAGUCAUACGAAUCAUGGUUUACUAAUACCAAAUACCAAGUUUCAUGGUUUAUAUCAAUGUAAUGUCCUAUGCUUUCAGGAUUUCCAUGAUGGUCUAGCUUUAAUUAACCCAUGAAUUACACUUUAGAUUAGUCCGUUUAUUAUCCUGAAUAGGUUUUAUAUAUUUUGUGUACCGAUGUAAAAUUUCAUGGUUACACAAUAUGCUGAAUUAACUGCAAUUACAUAUUGGAAUUUCAUUUGAAUGACAUUCAGAUUUUGUGCAUUAAUUAUAGAAAAAUCUAAUGAUUUUGAGUUCAACCCAAUGUACAAUUGUACGUUUGUAAAUAUGCACAUUUGAGAAGUUUUGAAUGAAAAUAGUUUUCUAAUUAAUGUUAGUGAAUGAAUGAGAAUAAUAAUGACUUCAUAAUGAUAAAUAUUAGAUUCUUUCUAUUUUGGUGAAUAUUCAUUUUGUUAUCAGAAACAGGUUUUGUGAAGUUAGAUCACCAUGGAAUUAUGGAAACACUGGACGGCCGUUACGGUCUAUCCUGAACAGCGUGCAUAAACGGUCCUGUCCCACGAGAUUCGAACUCAGAACCUAUCGUUCUCGCACGCGAACGCUUAACCUCUAGACUACUGGGAUGAUUGACAUCCAACGGUGUUAAUGUCUAUCUUCAACUAAUCUAUGAAAUUUAGCCACCGUCCACCAUUGUCUUGAUUGAGUUACUAUAUCACAACAGGCCCAGUUGAACUCCAUUGGUUACUGCUUUUCACUAGACCCCCAGGAAAUACUUCUUGAAGCCAGUCCAGUGAUCCCAGGUUUUCCAUGGUGGUCUAGCUUCAAUUGAGUGAUGAACUCAACUAUUAUAUUCAUUUUGUAUCAAAUUUAACAAUACUUUUUUUAAAACCUUUCAGUUCAGUGUGCAAAUAACAAAGCAUUAUAUUUUGCUGAAAAAUUAAGAAAAUCUAUGAAAGGAAUUGGAACUAAUGACAAAGAUUUAAUUCGUAUUGUAGUGUCACGUUGUGAAAUUGAUUUGCAUUUGAUUAAGAGAGAAUUUUACGAUCUAGCUGGUGAUUCCUUAGAAGCUUGGAUUAAAGAUGAUACCAGCGGAGAUUAUCGUGAAUUGUUAUUAUCACUUGUUCGUACAAAUCUAUAAAUAACAAAUAUUGAUCAGAAUGAAAGUAUUUGAUGUUUAACAUUAUUACAUAAUAUACUAGACUAUUUUGCGUUACAAAAUGUUAUUACGUCUUAAUUGAUUAAUUUAUUUGUUUUGUUUUUUUUAAAUUUUUAAUAUUGAUUAUUUUAAUUUGUACAAACUUUUAAUUACUAUGCAUGUCUAAUUUGCUGGGUGUGGGGGGGCUUUCUUCGCUUACUUCACCUUUUCUUUCUGCCUAUCUUGUUACUAUUUAUCACUAUGACACGAUAAACGUCAGAUGAAUUUCACUUACUCGGACAUUUUGAUAAAAAAAAUUCCAAAAAACAUAAAACAAUACACACGUACACACAACUAAUGAAUAUGUUUUUGUCCGUCUAUUCCACGCUUAUUCCAUUGACCUUCAUUUGUUAUUGUUGUGUUUGUUUGUUUUUUUCACGAAUUUCAUUCAUGAAAAUUGAUCAAUAAAUCACUGCCAUCCAACUUAUACAUAUAAACCCAUUUAUAAAUAGUUUUAGUAAUAGACCAAUGAAAUAUUG